UGCAAACUUUGCCCAAUAUAAAGAAGCGCGAACAAGAAACCACGCCGCAAUAAGCUUGCAUUGUAUGUUUUACGAAGUUUCCCCAGUGAUCAGCCUGAUGUAGAAAGGAAAAUGUCAUUAAUCCACAAAUGUUCAACAGGAUGCAGACUCAAUGUUUUAAAUUUGUUUAUUCACUCUGAUGAUUGGAUUAUACGAAAGUCAAAUUGUUUAAAAGAAAAGUGUACUGCGUAAUUUUUUUAUUGGCUAACACAACGAUUGGACACAACCAAACAUAACUAUAGUGGUAAAAAUAAUCUACAUCACCCAUAUUUUAUACAACAGUUCUUCGUGAGCGGAAGGUUCUCCCACAAAUCUUGGUUUCAAAAUUACGUCAAUUAAGAAGAGUCCUCAGAAAACCAUGGAGGAAGAUGAGAGGGGCAAACUUUUCGUUGGUGGUCUUUCUUGGGAAACCACACAAGAGAAUCUUUCGCGUUACUUCUGUCGUUUCGGCGAAAUAAUCGAUUGCGUCGUGAUGAAAAAUAAUGAAAGUGGUCGUUCACGUGGAUUUGGCUUCGUUACAUUUGCCGAUCCGGCUAAUGUCCAACAUGUACUUCAAAGUGGACCCCACACGUUAGACGGUCGUACAAUCGAUCCGAAGCCGUGUAAUCCUCGAACAUUGCAAAAACCUAAAAAAGGCGGCGGUUUCAAGGUAUUUCUUGGGGGCUUACCUUCCAAUGUUACCGAAACUGAUUUGCGUACAUUUUUUGGGCGUUAUGGAAAAGUAACUGAAGUCGUUAUUAUGUACGAUCAAGAGAAGAAGAAAUCGCGUGGAUUCGGGUUCUUAUCUUUUGAAGAAGAAUCAUCUGUUGAGCAUGUAACCAAUGAACGUUAUAUCAAUCUUAAUGGCAAGCAGGUUGAAAUUAAAAAAGCCGAGCCUCGCGAUGGGUCCAACUCACAAAAUGCUAACAACAGUUCUGUAGGUGGCGCUUAUGGCAAACUCAGCAAUGAUCCCAACCAUUGGGGUCCACCCCAUGCUCCAAUAAAUAUGAUGCAAGGACAAAAUGGACAAAUGGGUGGACCUCCUUUGAAUAUGCCUUUGGGGGCUCCUAAUAUGAUGCCUGGUUAUCAAGGAUGGGGAACUUCGCCACAGCAGGGCGGCUAUGGUUAUGGCAACAGUGGCCCCGGCUCAUAUCAGGGAUGGGGUGCUCCUCCUGGACCUCAAGGACCACCACCACAAUGGUCUAAUUAUGCUGGACCUCAACAAACUCAGGGUUAUGGGGGCUACGAUAUGUACAACUCAACAUCAACUGGUGGACCUUCUGGACCAUCCGGUGGUGGCAGUUGGAAUGCUUGGAAUAUGCCGCCUAACUCAGCUGGCCCUACUGGUGCACCUGGGGCAGGGGCUGGAACAGCUACUGAUAUGUAUUCCAGAGCUCAGACUUGGGCAGCUGGUGGUCCAUCUACGACAGGGCCCGUCGGAGGUAUGCCACGUACAGGGCCAGGCAAUUCGGCCUCUAAAUCUGGUUCUGAAUAUGAUUACGGUGGUUAUGGUUCGGGUUAUGAUUAUGACUACAGCAACUAUGUUAAGCAAGAGGGUGGUGCCUCCAAUUAUGGGGCGGGACCACGGUCAGCAUAUGGCAAUGACAGUUCUACUCAGCCACCUUAUGCUGCUUCACAAGCUGUCUAAAAAUGUUUCACAACAAAUAUUAAAAUGUUUGCGCCUACCUGCUGCCUGACGAAAAAGUUGAUGCUGUUUUUCAUUUCAAACGUCAAAAAUGAUCAAAUUGAAAAUUCGAGUAAAGAGUUCAUUUAUUAGCCCCAUAUAUAUUGACAACAGCAGUAUCCGAGUGAAAGAACCUUAGCUGAUAAAAGUAAAUACAAAACGUCAUCAUUACCACCAUUCAUUACCAUCAAACAGUAACCGCAGAAAAAACAGAAUCAAAUAUCCAUCAAUACAAUGCAGGACACUCAUUAAAGCUAUUGCGCGUCGUCGUCUGUUUCGUACAGUACAAUUCUGUUGUUAAAUAUUAUUUAACGUAUAAUAUAAUAUUAAUAACUAAUUAAAUUUAAAUUAUAAAGAGAUCAUAAAGAAUAUAUAUAUAUAUAUAUGCAUAAAUAUAGCAUAUAUGAUACUUUGAAAAGAUUAUAUACAUACAUAUAUAUUUACAUAAAAUAUUUUUUAAAAGCUACCACGAAACGGAAAUUCUUAACAAACACAAAUAGUUUUACCAUCUCUUGAUGGCAAAAAAAUAUAUAUAUGUAUGUAUAAACAACAACAACAAUUAUUAUUCCCCAAAAAAUAUUGCUAUUAAACUUUUAAGAACAAGUUUAAAAACGAGAAGAAAUUAAACAAGUAAUUAAUAAUAUAUCUUAUAAAUAAUUAACAGUACGAAGCAAAUUAGUUAAUUAUGAUGUAAACCAACUGAUAAAACCAACCACAAAAAUAUUUAAUAGAAUCGAAAAGGUAAACUGAAUACUAAAAUAAACACAAAAGGAAGUUUAGGUUAAAGAAACAACACUUACAAUAGGGGAUUAAAGAGGAAACUUUAGAAUAACUAUUUUUACUCUACAAUUACAACACUUUUUUACGCGCAUAGACAUGUCCCUGAAACUAAAAAGAGAGAAAGAAUCGUAUAAUUCCGUCGAAGAAGAACCCCAUGACAUAAAUCAAACCCCAAUCGGCCACAAACUUGCGAAGAAGAUAAAUGAAAGAAUUUAAAGCAAAGAAUUAGUUAGCCAGUUGUACGCAAAGAGUAUAACGUGGGCAUGGAGUAAACAAAUAAUUCUAUUGCCAUAAAGUUUUGUUAUCUUUGGCAUUAUUGUGACUCGUGGAAAUAGUGAAUUUGGAUGAUGAUUUUCUCUCCUUAGUUCAGUUUUUUUUGGUUGCAUGAGAACACAGCAGCAGGACGUGUAUAAGUUUUAUAUAUGAAUUUUUAUGUUUAAUUUCGAAGUAAAAUGUUCUCAUAUCUUUUUUCCUUUUUAAAUUUAAACUUAAAUGUUAAUUGCAAAAACAAUGUGUCUGCAUGUAAAACUAUUAGACCUAGAAAUGAAUUACAUUUAAAAUUUUUUACAUUUACCUACUACAACAGACAUAUUCAUUAUAUAGUUAAAGAACAACCCAUACAGUUAGACAUUUGCAUAUAUAGUUUAAAGGUUAAUAUUUAAAAUUAAAUAUUUAUAUAUACUAAAGAUAUACAAUAACAACGUACAUAUAACGUAUAAUGAAAACUACAAAUAGCAUUAAAGACGGAAAAUCGAAAAAAUCAAAAAAACUAAGCAAACUGAGCACGUCAUUGUUGUCGUGGUAACAAAUAUCCCAUAUUUUACCCAAUCCUCAUCAGAUCUUAAGUUCUUUUUAUAAAUUUACCCAAUGUUUUAUUAUUUUUUUAAUUUAAUGUUAUACUUUUUUCUUUGGUGAAUUGUAGAAUACUAUAACAUUACAUUUUAAUUAUAAAUAAACAGAAGAUGAAAAAACUUUUUACAUAAAUAGCAAACAUAAAUAGUCUUUAGGCAUGCUUGUCCGUUGUUUGAUUAUUUGUUCACUACAUUUUUGAUUAAGUCAGUAAAUAAAUAAUUUCUUUAAUUUAUGUAAUGGUAAAA